GUUGAAUUGAUAGCAGAAAGCCUUUGCAGCUGUUCUACUCCAGAUAAUGUCUGCUCUCGAGAGGAUCCAUAGAACUCUUACGUUUGCUGAUGCUCCGAGCAUAGUAAGAGCUCACCAGAAGGACUCUUUCUACGAGAACAAUCUAAUCCAGCUAUUGCAAGAUGCACUAAAAAUAGUCAAAAACCAGAGGUUUAUCCAUUUAUACUCAAACGAAAUUGUCAUUUUUGGCAAGUUUCUAUAUCUAAGCUUGACAACCUUAGUUGGCUCUAGAACUCUAGGUGAAGAGUAUGUUGAUUUAAUCUACGUCACAAGAAAGGGCAAGAAGUUACCUAGACUCUUCAGAAGAUUGUCGUUUAUACUAUCUUAUGCCAUUCUUCCUUAUUUGUUAAAACACAUUGCCAAAACUUUGGCCAAAAGAAAUGAUCCACCUAAUUAUGAUGUCAGUAAUGAAAAAGAAAGUGCAAAUUAUCUUAUUAAAAAUUGCAAAUCUUUAUCUUCAUUCAAAAUAUUUUUCAAAUUGUUAUCAUCAAAAAUAUCAUACCAAAAUUUGUUAAGUUUUAUAAUGGAUUCCCACUUGGGUUUCUUUUACAUCUUUGGUUCCUAUUACCAGUUAUCAAAAAGAGUUUUUGGCUUGAGGUAUGCUCUCGGCCACAAAAAGCCAAUUUCCUCAAACAAUGGAAGUUACGAAAUAUUGGGAGGUUUAAUUUUCAUCCAGUCAUUUUUCAAAUCUCUUAAUAAUAUCCUUGAAUUUUUCUCUGAUUACUUCAAGAUCCUAUCUAUAAAAAACGUUCAGAUUACAAAGUCAAAUCAAAACCAAAGCCAAAACUCGGGUUCUGCCCACAGUAACGGUUCAGAAUACAAUCACAGUGAUAAUAUAAUUUAUAACUUGAACAGUGCGAAUGAUCUAUAUGAUUCCCUAAAGUCAGAUCAUGACAUAGAUUUAUCAAAUCCAAAUGUUUUGCCAUACAUACCUACAGACUCCAGGCUGUGCAUGUUAUGUCUAUCACCAAUGAUCAAUCCUUCUUCUGCUCCUUGUGGCCAUUUAUUUUGUUGGACUUGUAUUUUGGAUUGGUCAAAAGAACAAAAUAACUGUCCUUUGUGUAGAACUCCUAUUGAAAGCAAACUCAUUCCUUUAAGAUAGUUUUCCAAACUUUUUGCUUUAUAUUUAUUUUCGCUCAUUUAGGUUUAUUUUUAGCUUUAAUUUUUUUUGAUUUUUGAUUUUCAAUUGGAAGAAUAAAAAUACAAUUAUUUAUUAUAAAAUGCAAUUUUUAAUCUAUGUACUGCUUAGCAUUAUAUACCGACAUGAAAUAAGAUCUUUUUCUUAUUCUUUUUCCCUUUUUUAGUAGAGGUAUGGAUAAUUGGAAUCCCAUUGAUUUCAUUCUUGGAA